AUGGAGGUUGCAGCUAAAGCUCCUCAAGAUACCCGUGGCGAAGCUGCUGUCUCCAGUGCGGAAGAUGCCGUUAACGGCGAAAAAUGUUCUCCUUCCAUGAACGAUUUGAGCGACAUUCGGCGACAGCUCUCUAAAGCUCGCAACGAACUGGAGCUGCUGUCUCUGCAGCGUGAUAUGUUAUUAUCGGAGAGAGAAAAGACGAAAAGGUCAAUCGAAGAACUGGAGUUACUCGUUAAAGAGUAUAAGAAAACAGUUAAGCGAACAGCAGCAGAAAACGAAAAGCGCAUGCUUGAAAAGAAGGCAGAUCUUGCCAAGACGAUUCAGGAACAUGAACAGGCUAUUGAAGAGUUAAAGUCUGCCGAUAACUUCGGUAGGGAACUCGUUCGUCGUUUCGAGAAGCUGCGGGCGAAAGUGGUCGCCUAUAAAUCAAAAGAAGAGGAUCAAAGCAAUUUCUUCGAAAGUCUUCGAUUAAAACUUGAAAAGUCGGAAGACAAGUAUUUGAAGUUCCGUGACUAUGCCGAGGAACAGAUGGCAAAGAUUAAUCAAGAGUACGAAAACAUUAACGGUGUGUACGACAAUGAACUUUUCCGCAUGAAGGCUGCGAUAAAAAAGCAACAUGUCCAAAUAGAGACGCUCUGUAAAGAACGCGAUCGAAAAAAAAAACAGGUUCAAGAACUUUCAUCCCUGUGCGACGACCUCGUACAAAAGAAAGACUAG